AUGUUGCUUGUACAGAAGCCAACAGAAGCAGCUACCAUCCUCAUACAGAACGCUGAUCCAAAUCAGCGCCACAUCUCUACUGGCCUGAUCAAGCUUGCUGCGCACGAUGAUGACGAGCUUCUACAAUGGAUUGAUCAGAAUCGAAAACCACUGGAUGAGUUCUUCCAUGAAACCAUGUCGAGAUUCUGGGAUGAAUUUGUCGGCUCCGAGAACCAGAAGACCGAAGAAUCGGCCAGAAACCGUCUUGCUAAGCGCAAGGAGAAGCUGAAACAAUGGAAAACGACCGAGACCGAGCUUGAUAAUGUUGCACAUCGUUUUGAGGUAUCCACUAGGCACUGGCGGUCGAAUAUUCAUUCCCAAGAGCGACUGAAAUACCAAGGCGCGCUACAGGACCAGCAAGAGAAUCUGAAUCAUAUACAAACUGUCAUCGCCAGGCUGGAAACUCUGCUCAAGCAACCUUCAGGCCUCUUCCCUGAGAAAGAACCAUUUAAAUGGCAACUCGAUCAGACAGAAUCGCGCAACAGAAUGCGUAUACGAAUAGUACCAGAUUCACGACGAGAUCAAGAGGCGUUCCAGCCGAAGCGCAAGGCCUCUGAGCGUGCGUCGCAUACAAAGCUUAGAAUCGACACGCAAUCUCGUCCAGGCUUGUCAGACAACAUAGUCUCGGCGGAACCUACACCGAGGACUCCUGCUAACCUCGGUAUACGUCAGUUCGAAGACACUACAUCAACAUCAAGAGACGACUCUAUCUCAGGCUCUGCGCUUCUUGACGGCGAAUUUGAGAUGGUGGAUGACCCCAAAGACGGCGAGGAAGGAUUUGAAGACAAGAACCGUAAAGUGUUGAAAAGUCUGCAGCGCGGCGAUCGUGUACAGAACAUCUGCAAUGUUUCUCGUGUUGUGGGCUUGGAAGCUUUUGAAGGUCUGCUGAUCAUUGGCAAGAAAUGCUUGUAUCUUCAGGACGAAAUGUUCCAAAGAUCUGAUGGCGAAAUUGUCAGCGUUGUUCAUGCUCCCGACGAAGAACGCGACCCUUACGUUCAGCUAAUCUCAGGCAAAGAGGUUAAGACCAAGCGAAAGCAACGUGCGGAAAGAGAGCCUGCAAGACAUUGGACUUGGCAGGAGCUAUUGCAUAUCUCAAAACGCCGCUUCCUGUUCCGAGACGUCGCACUAGAAGUUUUCUUCACCGACGGUCGUAGCUACCUUCUGACGUUCAUGACGCCAACAGCACGCAACGAUGUUUAUGCAAAUCUCGCAGGGAAAUCACCGUUGGUCUAUGGUUCACUGUCGUCCUUACCUGCCGAGGACGCUUGGAGACUCGACUCGUUGAGGAAUCCAGAGGAAACACCACAAAGCUUUGGCUAUAAAUUCGCAAAUGUCUUCAACUCAACAUCAUCCAACGCAGCAACUCGACGAUGGACCCGUGGCGAGAUAUCGAACUUCCAGUAUCUCAUGCUUGUCAAUAAUAUGGCCGGCAGAACUUUCAACGACCUCACGCAGUAUCCUGUAUUCCCUUGGAUUCUCGCAGACUAUACUAGCGAAGAACUAGAUCUGACCGACCCUCGAAGUUUCCGUGAUCUCUCCAAGCCGAUGGGCUGUCAACAUCCUGCGCGCGAGUCCGAGUUCCGCGAACGUUACCGAGCGUUUGCCGAGAUGGGUGAUGAACAUUCUCCACCUUUCCAUUAUGGUACUCAUUACUCUUCAGCCAUGAUCGUCUCUUCAUACCUCAUUCGACUGCCGCCGUUCGUGCAGUCUUACUUGCUGCUUCAAGGUGGCAAUUUUGACCACGCAGACAGAUUGUUUGACUCAAUCGAGAAGGCAUGGUUGUCUGCGUCAAAGGAGAACAUGACUGAUGUUCGUGAAUUGACACCGGAGUUCUUCUGCCUACCCGAGUUCUUGCAGAACAUCAACGGCUACGACUUCGGCCAGAAGCAAGGCAGUGGCCAAACAAUCAAUGAUGUUGUUCUGCCACCUUGGGCUAAGGGAGACCCACACAUCUUCAUUGCAAAGCACAGAGAAGCUCUCGAAAGCCCAUUUGUCAGUCAGCAUCUUCAAGAGUGGAUUGAUCUCAUCUUUGGAUACAAACAACGCGGCGAAGCAGCACUCGAAGCCACUAAUGUGUUCCAUCAUCUUUCGUACCAAGGUGCCAAGGACCUGGACACCAUGCAAGACGAAGUCGAAAAGCUCGCAACCAUCGGUAUCAUUCACAAUUUUGGACAAACACCUCACCAGGUCUUCCAGCGCGCGCAUCCCAGAAGAGAGGAAGAGAAGCAUAGAGUGGAAAGACUUGACACCAUUGCAGAGUCCUUAAUCAAGCUACCAUUCCCCUUGCAUGAGAGCCAUGAGCGAGUCACAGCAUUGACAUACUCACCUAGCCAGGAGCGCUUGUUGUGCUCUCCUCCUUGCAAGCUCAAUGUCCCACCAGCUUGCAAGAGUUAUCUGCACUGGGGCUUCGCAGACAAUAGUCUUCGCUUCUUUACUGCCGACAACAGAAGAAUGCUCGGCUUAUAUGAGAAUCUGCAUAUUGGACAAAUCAGCACUGCUCUUUUUGCAGAUUCCAAGACGCUCAUUACCGGAGGUGCAGACAGCACGAUUGGCGUGUGGACCAUUGGCUUCAGCUCAGACUCUGCAGACAUUCAGUCAAGAACCUAUCUCUUCGGUCAUCGCACACCGAUCAGCGUUCUCGCCGCCUCACGCGCUUUCAGUACCCUGGUCUCUGCAUCAGUUGAUGGUCAAGUAUUCCUUUGGGAUCUCAACCGUUUCGACUGUGUUCGCGUCCUGCAAGAAGCAAACAACGGCAGCCGCACAAUCCAGUGUGCUAAGGUCAACAAUCUAACCGGACACAUUGUCCUCUGCAGUGGAGCGUUCGUCAGAGUACUCACAUUGAACGGACAUCUACUCGUAGAACAAAAGGUCUGCGAUGCAGAAGACGAUGAGAUUACCUGCUGUGCUUUCUACGAAGGUGCUGCCAACGAGUGGGUAGAACGAGUACUGCUCUUUACCGGCCACAAGCGUGGUAUCGUAAACGUAAGUAUCAUAAAAGACCAUCAUCGGAGGAAUGUCAAGCUAAUGCAUCGCAACAGAUCUNGGUCACUGGUCACACUCCGCGAUGGAGCAUGGCAUUUGCAACUCAUCAAGCGGUUGAUGCAUGUCGAGCCAACGCGCGGAGAGCCGAACAUCCAAGUCCCCACCAUCACUUGUGUUCUUCCCAUGUCUCAAGCUGUAUAUACUGGUGAUGAAGAUGGCAAAAUUGUAAGUUUGAACGCAUGUCUGACAACCCACUUUGCUCAGUCGCUGACUUUUUUUGGCUUUAUAGNNUAUGAGUGGAAUUGUGUGCAGAGACAUGGAGCUGGUUCUUUUGGCGGCUGGCGAUGA